AUGUCCCUAGCAACCGUUUCGUCGCUGUUCGCUAGCCAAGAGUUCGUGUUCAUCGAAAGUUUUUCAGGGAAGUGGUGGACAGCAAACGGUGUUAAUUCAAUGAAGACGUCUAAUCGAAUUAAGGAAGACGAGAGGAUUGAAGGGAUCAUUCGAGGUCUCAUGAAGCUUCCGGAGAAUCGAAGAUGUAUCAAUUGCAAUAGUUUGGGACCUCAAUAUGUUUGCACAACAUUCUUGACCUUUGUUUGCACAAACUGCAGUGGAGUUCAUCGGGAAUUCACACAUCGUGUGAAAUCAAUAUCAAUGGCUAAAUUUAGUGCAGAAGAAGUCAGUGCUCUUCAAGCAGCAGGGAAUGAGAGAGCAAGGCAAAUUUAUUUAAAGGGCUGGGAUCCUUACCGUAAUUCUUAUCCUGACGGCAGUAAUCUUCACAGACUCCGGGAUUUUAUCAAGCACGUCUAUGUGGAUAGAAAGUACACUGGUGAGAAGAGUGAAACACCUCCAAGGCUAAGAUUGGGUGAAAAUGAGGAUGCCUAUGAAAACAGCAGGAAGGUUGGUGGGUAUCGUGGUGAAUCUAGAAGUCCACGUUAUGGUAGCAGAUAUGAACAUUCUUCUAGUGCAAGAUGUCAUCCUGGUAGAAGAAGUGAUGACAGAAAUUCCAGAUAUUAUCAUGAUGAGAGUAGUAACCAGGAAAUUCCAAGAUUUGGAGGUUACCGAAAAACUCCUGUCCGCAUUGAGAUUGUUGAUAACAGGUUUCGAGAUGGCUCAUCUCGAAGUGGCAGACGAACUGAGAGCUGCAACUUUUCAAAUAGAGAUUACAGGUCUGAGAGCAGGUCUCCUGACAGUCAAACAAACAAGAAUAGCUCCAAAGCCUUGGUGGUACGGCCUAUCAAAGAAAUUUUAGGUGAAAGUACUCCUCCACUAGAAGUGGGGCCACGUUCAAUGGCAAUUGAAGGCAAGGAUCCUGAAGGUUCUGCUAACAAUCAGAAGACCGCACCCUUCCGUGAUCUGCUGAGUGUAGAUGGGAAUCAAAUGGAAAAUGCACCCUCCUGUAGUAUGGUUCCUGUUGAUGGGAAUCUAGUGGAACAUAAAAAUGAGAAAUCAGAAUGCUUGAUCAAUAUCAACCAAGAUCCAGAGCCUCCUGAUGCUGCAGUAGUAGCACCGCAAACACAGCAAAUUACUCCUAGUGAUGGCGGCAACCAGACUGUACCUUCCGCCAAAGAGGCAACGAAGACAUCCCCAAUGCCGAAUACUUUGGAAUUUCUAAUAUUUGAAUUGGCAGCUCCCCUGGCUGUACAAAACAAUGAUGAUGCUCCUUCAGAUGGAUCUGUAGGCAACAUGCCUGAAGGUUGUAUCUCAUCAGCUGUGCCUUUAAUGGGUGACCUUAUGGCUUCUGCACCUGCAUCAAUAACCAAUAUGGCUUUGCAACCAUAUGGGGAUUCUGGUGCUUCAUCAGCUUCUCCAUUAGGACAGAUGUCAACAUUACCCAAUAGUUUUGGUACUUCUUCAGCUGCCUCAACUGCUAAUAUGUUGGUGAAUCCAUCUGAAGGAAACAUGGCAUUAGUUAGUGUUGGUGACUCUCUAACUGCUUCCACCACCACUGUGCCAGUUUCUCCUUUGCAUGCAUGUCCUCCACAGGCAGCACCUGAUAUUAAAGAUGAACCCACUGUCAGAGCUCCUGAUGGGCAACAAUUACGCAGCAUGCAGUCAUGUCAGUCUUUGCCAACCUCUACUGCAGAUGGUAGAAGUUCUGCACAGCAGACUGCUACACCCGUUGGAGAUGUCAAUAACCAGUUAUACCAAAAAGAUGAAAAUUUCAUAAACCUGUUGCUCCUUGUGCAUCUGCAGCCAUGGUUAUCGGCACUUGUACCUUACAAUCAAGGACCUGCUGGAGCUUCCGCUGAACAGUCAUCUGAAACUGUCUCAAUAGCAAUCCAAGACACCAGUUCCAGAGUUGGUUCCGAGCUUGUUCCUGUGGAAACAAAGUCUAUUGGAAGAAAGGAACUGCCAGCGGACUAUUUUACUGCAAGCUACGGCCCUGCAUCAGUUCCUCACUGGCAAACUGGUACCCCCUAUACGAUGGGAUACAACAUGCAGUACUAUUCUAAUCCAAUGAUUAUGCCAGCUUAUCCCAACCAAUCAAAAUCCACAAACCCAUUUGACGUUCACAGUGAAACAGCUCAAACGCAAGUGCCAGCAUUUCCAUCCAUGGCGUCUCUGCAAGGAUCACUUCCUAAUGCGAGCUUACUGCAUCCCUCAAAUGCCGGUGCUCAUUCUCUGGGGUUAAUGAUGCCACAAUCAUCAUCUUAUGCAUCCGCCAUGCACCCACAAUCCAGCUCCUAUUCAUCACAUGUGUCUCCAAGUGCAUUUACGGGGCAACAAGUACAUACAAAUAUGGCAUCUUCAAGACCACACAGAGUUGAUGGUUUUAGCAGUGAUUUUGCUGUUUUGGGCUCCUCAAUCACACCACAGCUACCAACUGGCGGAUAUUCUUUACCUAGCACAACAAAUUCUUUUUCUUCGAUGGGAGGAAAUCCAUUUGGAUAGAGGAUCAGAAAGACUAUAAUUACUUACAAAUUUAGUGUCAUUUACUGUUUUGGGUUCCAAGCAUCUAUAGGAAGUGGCUGUUUUAUCUUCUGUUGGCAAACAAACGAAAUCAGAUCUCUGAAUUGGUGGUAUCUUCUGACCUCUGGCCAAGAGGAGAAGAACAUUCAGAGGAUAAGCAAGAAGCAUUGAAGUGAUCAUUGCAAAUGAAGCUAUUUAUACUUUCAAAGUUCAUGGUAUUCUUUGUGAACUUUUCGUUAUGGUUACCACCUUGUGAGUUUAUUGUCUCUUUACUGCUCAGUUUGGGGUUGCCAUCCCUUGAUAAACUGCUAUCAUCAUCGAGAUUACUUGACAGUACUACAACUCUUUUUGCCUGUUAGAACUGAGAAACUUUGUAUUUAUUAGUUACAAGAUAGAAGCAAAAUACGUAAAUUAUCUUGGUGUAGUAUGAACCAUACUUGUUUUCUUUGGCAAGGUAUUCCAACUAUCCUUCAGAUUGUUUGACAUGAGUGAACAUUCCAAACAUGAUAGGAUGCAGAGAUAAACUGGCGAUGGAGUCGGAAGGUUAGCGUUAACGUUAGCUAACAAUGGCCCAAGCAGGGACUAAACAGGUUCUGAAAACAGCUAAUGAAUCUGCCAUGUAUUUGGAUUUGCUUGGAUGUAUGGGUAUAUGUAUAUAACUAUGUCAUCAGUAUUCCUUCCUUAUUGUCUAGUACCAUUCAGUCAUUCACAACC